CACCCAUACCCAAAAUAUUACACAGGCGACAUUGACUCACCACAUGCAACAAUUCUAACGUGUUUAGUAGUAGUUUUCCGCUGUGCAUUCAAACAACGACCCACCCAUUGUACGCAUCAACAACGAAAUAGUUUAUAAGUCCCCGCCGUCUGCCUUCCAUAUCCAUUUUUAUAAACGAAUAAUUGAAAUGUCUGUUAGCUAUAAAAAUAAUAUUGCGUGGAAUUUACAACAUCAGUUCAUUAUGUAUGGUGAUUGCGUUUGAAAAUCUUUAGAUGUCUGAAGCCGACAGAAAACCACCUCAGGCGACUCCAUUGUCUGCCGAGGUAGAGCCUUUUAUUCCUGGCCAAUCAAACCCAGCAAGACCUGGGCAGAACAUCACCCAUAAACUCCAGCAUGAAUAUAACAAUCAUCAUCCAAUUCAUGGCUCUGGUCACGCCUAUAUGGGACACACCCAUCCUGGGUCUAUCCACCCAAAGAUGGUCCCAUCUACCCAGAGUCAUCAAGCUGUACCCUCGGCUAAUGGAACAGGUUACACUCUGACAGAGCUACCACGAUACCUGACUAACUGCUAUCCAUUUGUUCAAGACAGUGCCACCGGUUCAGGUCACAAACCAGAGAUGAGAUGGCAGUCUUAUCCUCCACAUUUACAACCAUCUUCAGCAGUCAGCUCAGCACCUUCGUUUCCUCCUCCUCCACCAGCAGACCUCUUUACCAAUCAUCAGUAUCCUCCUCCUAUCCAAUCACCAAACUUUGUUCUGCAAUACCCUCAUCAGGCAUACUUCCAACAGCUUCAGGGGCACUCAGCAUCUCAACCUUUGUCUCACUCUCAGGGACCUGUACCCAUACCCCAGGGGUCCUUUCAGGGGACGCCUCCACACUAUCCAGGAUACUACCCUAAUUACCAAGAUGGAAAUCAUGUUCAGAUGGGGUCGUAUCAUCAGAGUAAUGGGUAUGGGCUUAGGGAACCAGCACAGAGGCAAAGUAGGCAAUCCAGCAGUAGAGAUGCUCAGCUUAAAAGCAGAUCUCAGGGAUCAGGUUCUUCUAGAGAUGGCAGUUCGUCAUCUUCAAGUGCAGAGGGCAGAAGGUAUCCAAAGACACUUGUAUGUAUGGAUACUGGGUCCCAGACAGAUUUUCCAGAUGAUAUUGCCAACAAGACUCUCGCUGAAAAGCCAAGUAUGCUGAGACGUCACAAAUCAAAGCCACGUCGUAGAUCUCAGGGAAACCAAACUGGUCAAGAAACCUCUACUUCUACGGACUCCGAGGCAGAGGCUGGAGCAGUGGACAGUGAUAGUGGCUACUACAGCCCAAAACAUGCCAAGACAAAUCAAACCUCUGUGGGAAUGGCUACACAAGAUGUAGCAACAGGACCAACUGUCAAGGUACAGGGUUUCCAGCAGUAUCCCAGUGCCGUUGUGAGUGCAGUGCCACGACAUGUCACUCAGUCACAGCAGCAAGUAGGAUCUGCAAUGUACAGUACGUGUACUCCAAACUCAAUGCCACCACUGGCUGGUUACAACACCUCACCACAACAGAUGGGACCAGCUGCAAAUAACUAUCCCCCACCCCAACAUUUACAACUGCACCAUGGUAUGCCCCCGAGGUUACAGCCACAACCCAUGGUACAACAACAGCAAUAUCAGCAGCAGCAGCAGCCGAUACAACAACAUGCGCCACAACAUUUAAGCUAUGCCCGAAUCCUUAGCCAGCAACCUCCACAACGCCAUCCUGUUCCAGUGCUAAACCAAAUUCAACCCAGACCUCCAGGAUCAAUGCAAAAACAACCAUCGCUAGAAAACAUUCGUAACAACCAGACCUUUCAUUCUGGCUAUGCUCCUGGAAACAGAACUCCUCAACAGAAACCAGGAACAAAGUACAUUCCAGCACACGAGAGUGCAGACACUAGUCAAAACCAGGAUUCCAAAAGGAAAAAAAAGAAGGACCGUAAACGAGCCGGAAAAGGUGGUGAACGUUCGGAAGAGCUAACCAGAGAAGUACAAGUGGAACCAGCGCCUCCCCCUCCAGCCUUGACAGACAUGGGUGAUUUCCCUGAACUGUCUAUGGGGGACCCUGGAGGUCCCAGUAGGGUGGACUUGAUAAACUCUCAACCACGCUCCUACAGUGCAAUCCUUCAACAACAGAAGUCUGCUCAGAUGAGAGAAACGACCAGGGCAGGAGAUUAUGAGCCAGUGGAUGCCACCAAUGAUGUCAACUAUGGAGACAUUAUUAAACCUGAGGAUCUCUUAAACGCAGAGGCAGCCGCCAGCGGGAUACGUGAUGGGAGAAACGCUCGAAAACGCCGAAAGAAGGCAAUUCUUGCUGCUCAGGCUGCUGCUAAGGAAUAUUCUGAAAUCACUGAGGAGCAGAGGCAACUUCAAGAAAACCUAAAGAAACCCAACAAGAAAACCAAGAUGCCUAUUGAGUAUGAUUUGGGUGACAUGCUGGCUGCUCUAGAGAAACAACAGCAAGAAACCAAAGCUAAGACUCAGCAGCAGAACCUGGCAAGUAAAGGUCGAUCGACAAUGCUUUUCUCUACUAGUCCCAAGGUGCAAUAUUACAAUGAGGGCAAGCUGCCUCCUGUUCCAUCACCAGCAAUAGGUGUAGCAGCAAAGCUAGUUAUACAACCUCAGUUUGGCAAACGUGAACAAGUACCAAUGCUGGGUCACAAUCCACUUGACUCAUCGGCUCCAUUAAAGAGAGGCAAGGAGCGUGAGACACCAGUGAAGAAGAAACCUAGUGCCUUGAAGAGGGUGAUCUUAAAGGAGCGGGAAGAGAAUAAGAGAUUGCGCACCUUGCAGGAAACAUGUCUCUCUGAUGCUGAAGAUGGAUUAAACCAUAGUGAUGAUAAGAAUGCAGACGCAAUGAGUGGAGAUGCAGGAUUGGGUUUAUCACAAGAUGCCACAAGUGAGCGAGGUUCAACGAUGUCUUUCAUGACCUCUCAGAGUGACCUUUCACCUUUAAGUCAGAUGUCACCCAUGAGCAUGAGCCCACUGUCACCAGGGUCACCUCUUAGCUCAGGUUUGUCUAGUCCAGCAACUGGAUUCAAAUCAACAUCCCCAGCUCAGAUCAAUCUUUCAGUUCACAGUCGUCGUUUUAGAGAAUACUGCAACCAAGUAUUAGAUCAAGACAUUGAUGCCUGCUGUACAACUCUACUUCAAACCUUGGUUAAGUUCCAGGAUAGACAGUAUCAAAAAGACCCAACAAAGGCUAAAUCGAAGCGUCGCAUUGUAAUGGGACUGCGUGAGGUCACCAAACACCUGAAGCUGAAGAAGAUUAAAUGCAUCAUUGUCUCUCCCAACCUAGAAAGGAUCCAAUCUAAAGGUGGAUUAGACGAGGCCUUGAAUCGUAUCACAGCGCUCUCCAAUGAACAGACUGUGCCUGUUGUCUUUGCCCUUGGGCGUAAGGCACUUGGUCGAGCUGUCAACAAGCUUGUACCAGUCAGUGUGGUUGGGAUAUUCAACUAUGAUGGUGCACAGGAACAUUACAAGAAUCUUCUAGAUUUGACGAAGAGUGCAAGGGACAAUUACAAUGCUAUGAUUCGUCAGUUUCAGCAAGAGGCAGAAGCAGCUAGCACUGCGGUUCCAUUCUCCAAACACCGUCACCAUCUAGGCCAUUAUCGCAAUCUGUCUGGCUGUAGUGGGAUAUCCUUUAGUAGUGUCAUCUCAGAGCCUAUAUCGGAAGACUACCCAGACCCUGAACCGGAGGUGGAUAGCCGAGGCAAUGAGAUUGUCCGAGAGGUACGAUUCAACGAUGCUGUCAAGACAGCAGAGUAUGCCAUGGCGGCGCCGGUGUCCACCUUGACUACUUGUGAGUUUGUAGACACUGAUGAUACCACAGGAGGAUAUGAGAGUGAUCGUGGUUUCAGUCAAGAAGGUGCACAUAGUGAAGAUAGUGGGACAGUAGAACAGGGUGCAUCUAAGACCUCAUCAGAGACAUUAGAAGCUGCUGAGCUUGAUGAUGUUGAUUGUGAAGAUAAUGAUGAUGCUUAUGAUUUAAGUGAUGUAGAUGAAGAUGAUGAAUUAGAUGCUAUUGAUACACAUUACCGUCCGCAAUGUGAAGAUGGAGAAGAGGAUGAAGAAGAUGAAGAAGAAGAGGAUCUUGGAGGGAUUUCAAUCUUGAAUAAUAAGACUGCUCUCCCAUUGGAUAAGGAACGGAUUGCAGACUGGGUCGCAGAAGCACAGAGUGCCAUUGAAACUCUGCUUGUUACUGACAAUGAUAAUGAGGAAAGUGCUGUCAAGUCAGAAAUGGUUCUCACAUCGAGGUCAUUAGAAAGUUGCGACUCUGAGACCUCAACUCCUCGACCCAGCAGCCAAUGCCAACGACCCCUCGACCAGAACACUCCUGUUGAAGGUCAAAAUGAAGAAGAGCAAUUGAAAACUGAUAUUAAGACAUCAAUGAAGAGUAAAAACAGGGAAUCACCAGGGAAAGUUGAGGAGCAUUUAUGUGAAAACCAAACUGCUUUCAUACCAAAGGAAUCUACCUAAGGUAGUUCUUAAUUUUGUUUUUAUCUGUGCUUAAGAAUAAAAGUAAACAGUAAAUAAUUUCCAUAUGUAAUCAAAGAAAGAGUUCUAUAAGUGAGUUGGUGAAAACUAUGCAGAGUGGGGUAUUGACCCUUUGGGAUCAAAAUCUUACCGAUUCUUGUAAGAACUUUGGCCAUUAAUGUGAUCAGUUAUGAUCUUUUUAGGGUAUCUUACUGAUCUGGCGGUGACAUAGUAGGUUUGCAGAUUCUGUCUUGUCAGAGUCUUUACCCAGGCAAGUGCAGAUAAUUUGACCUAGUCUGGUUGGGGAAUUUCACAUCCUAAUCUGUGUCUGAAAUGUGUGACGUUGUUCAUAGACUGGUGUCUCAUUUGAGGAAAUCAAGUAAUAAUAAUUUAGGUUUUAUGGUGACUUUGAACCAGUCUCAUCUCAUCACGUCAUGGGAUAUUAUCUAGCAUUUAGUACAUGACUAAUAAACAUUUUGUAGUAAAACACUCCCUUGCUUUUUUCUGUGAAGUGCCUUCUUAAACCUCACAAUAACUUUAGACAAUCCACAUGAAAAAGUGUUGCUUGAAAGAAAAGAACAGACAUUAAAGAUAUGUUUAAUCUUAGUUAUUAUGUUUCUUUUGUUUAUCCAAAAUGUUGUUUUCAUACAUAAUCCAGUUAUACUUUAAAUGGCAAAGCAAUGGAGAACCUUCAUGAUUAUGGUCACUCUAUAGUCAUUUGACACAUGAUACCCAGUUCAUCAACAGAGGCAGUAUCUAUGCAGAGGUGUUGGUGCAUAGGCAAGCCUUCCCAAAUCUAAUAAAGAAAGAAUAACAUUUCCAAGACUAGUGCAAAUAAUGAAAAUGAAGGAGUAUCUUACUGGGGGUGACAUGAGACGUUGAAGAUAAACAAUUAAUAUGAUUUUUGUGUGGAGGUUCUUUGUUACCGUGGUGCCCCCAUGGUGCUCCAGGGAUGUUAACAGGGUUUGUACCAAAGAUUGUACAGAGCUUUAGGGCAUAACACGGGUUACUGGAGCUUUGUCUACAAGUAUGAUAUGGCUGUCAUUUCAGUAAGCACAUAGCAUUAUUAACAUUGGUCAUUGUCUGAGCUGAUCUAUUGUUGCAUCUAAAGUGUUGCUUACUAAAAUGGCAUCCAGUGCAUACAGUGUACUUCAUAUUUAAUAAUAAUAAUAAUAAUAAUAAUCAAAGUCUUGUAUAGCGCCGUUAUCCACCAAUGCAGGCGCUCAUGGUGCUUAAAGCCCAAGUUGUCCAUCUUAUGCCUGCAGUGUUAUACGAUCUUUGAUUUGUACCCUUUGCUGGUGGCCUUUGGCAAUGCUGACUAUGUUUAAAUGUAACUGUUCAUACUGUAUUAAACAUGUUUUGAAACAUGUUGAAUGAGAGUGUUAUAUAUGUGUCUUAGUGUGGCAAUUGUUAUUUUUUGGGGGAAAGGGAGAGGGUAGGGAUGGGUUAGUGUUUGUUGUGAUUUGUUGAUGUUUUUGAGUUUUGGAGAAUGACACGUCAGCUCCCCAAUUUGUUUUACUUUUGCAGUUUUAAGGGGAAGGAAUGUGGUUCUAAAAUCAUAAUUGAAUUUUGUGUUUAAGUAAGGGCCAAGGAAAUUGCAAUGUUAAAAAAUAAACAAUAUUUUACGUCUCUUUUCGUUAUAACCUUUGUAAUACAUGAAUUUAAUAUUCAAGUUUGCCGUAUGUUACUCUUCAUAAAGUAACCAGAAAUGGUUACAAAACAUGAACAUUGUGAACUUUCUUCUUUCCAUUUCUAUUACAUUUUGUUUAUUCAUCUCUCAUAUUGUUACAGACCAUCUAGACACAGGCAGCUUUAUCAGGCAUUGAAUUUGAGAUUUAUAUAAAAGACAGAACAAUUCUUUGAACGAUUGUUAAUUAGUCCCUAUAGACGAUGUGACCUCUGACGUCACACGAAAACCAUAACAUGAUUCGCGCAUACCGCCGGGCAAAACCU